AUGUCUUUUCCAGAUCCUCAUCUCCCUUGCACUCGUUGCUGCAGUGAAUAUGAAUGUCCGUAUUGUCCUAAACUUGCGUUUCCAAAUUCUUAUGCUCUCAUUAAACAUUUAAGAAAAAGCUUUUCGCAUAAAGAACGAGACGAAGCUUUUUGGUGCGCUUUAUGCAAGGAGUCAUUCUUAAGUAAAGUUGGUUAUAUCCAUCAUCUCAAACAAAAGCGGAUUCACAAGUAUGAUCUUCAUCAGGCUGCAUGUUGUGGGAGAUUUCAAGAUGUUGGCCAAUUCAUCCACACUGAAGACGCAGAUGCUACAGGGGCUUCACAUAAGGUUAAAUUUGGUAAUCCACCUCUUCAGAUCGGUUUGACACCAAUGCACUGUGCCGCAUUCAUGGGAUAUUCAAG